AGUUGAACAUCGAAGAAAACGGCAGCAAAAACGAAAAGUGCUCCUCGAAAACCGUGAAAUUCUGAAGGGACUGUGUGAGAGCAGCCAGAAAUCCAAUCAGACACACACACAUACACACAAACACAAAGACAUUUACACCCAUACACUGACACUGACACGCACACAACCGAAUCGGUCGCCUGUACGAACACACCCUCUCGCACACUCAUGCACUCGUGUACAUAUAGCUUACAUAAAGUCUAAAGGAAAAAUCGAUAGGAGUGCAUUAAAUAUUCAGCGAAAAAAAGAAACGGGCAAAAGGUCUAGAGCAAAAAUCUCUUCAAAGCAGUGCGAAUUUUCUUCUGUAGCUUACGGCAAAGAAAAGUCCCAGGGCCCGUGAAAAAAUAUGACUAAUCUGCAGUGACGACAUAGGGCGCUUACACAAUUUCUCUACACCAAAUUAAACGCAGAAUUAAACUCGCAGCGGACAUUUUCCCAUUGGCAAUCGUUGAAAAAUGGUCACCGAAAAUGGAGCUCAGGGCGAUGGCAAUACUUCCUUCCUGCGUGCCGCUCGCGCCGGAAAUCUGGAGCGAGUGCUGGAGCAUUUGAAGAACAACAUUGACAUUAACACGAGUAAUGCGAACGGCUUAAAUGCCCUUCACUUGGCCUCCAAGGAUGGGCACAUCCAUGUCGUCUCCGAACUCCUGCGUCGGGGAGCGAUCGUGGACAGUGCCACCAAAAAGGGCAACACCGCCCUUCACAUCGCCUCAUUAGCUGGACAGGAGGAGGUGGUGAAGCUACUGCUGGAGCACAAUGCGUCCGUGAAUGUACAAUCCCAGAAUGGAUUUACUCCACUUUAUAUGGCCGCCCAGGAGAACCAUGACGCAGUGGUACGACUCCUUUUGUCCAACGGAGCUAACCAGAGUCUGGCUACCGAAGAUGGUUUUACCCCAUUAGCGGUGGCCAUGCAGCAGGGUCACGACAAAGUAGUUGCCGUGCUACUCGAGAGUGAUACCCGAGGAAAGGUCAGGCUUCCGGCGCUGCACAUUGCAGCCAAGAAGGACGACGUCAAGGCUGCCACUCUGCUUUUGGAUAAUGACCACAAUCCGGACGUAACUUCCAAGUCGGGCUUCACCCCGCUGCACAUCGCCUCUCAUUAUGGCAACCAGAACAUCGCCAACUUGCUCAUACAGAAGGGCGCCGAUGUCAACUACUCGGCCAAGCACAACAUCAGCCCACUUCACGUUGCUGCCAAAUGGGGCAAAACCAAUAUGGUAAGCUUGCUCCUGGAAAAAGGGGGUAACAUCGAGGCAAAGACACGGGACGGACUCACUCCACUCCAUUGCGCAGCCCGUUCGGGACACGAGCAAGUGGUGGACAUGCUGCUCGAACGGGGAGCUCCUAUCUCUGCUAAGACCAAGAAUGGUUUGGCACCCCUCCAUAUGGCCGCCCAGGGUGAGCAUGUUGAUGCCGCUCGCAUCCUGUUGUACCAUCGUGCUCCUGUCGACGAGGUGACAGUAGAUUAUCUAACUGCCCUUCAUGUGGCUGCCCAUUGUGGUCAUGUCAGAGUGGCUAAGCUUCUCCUGGAUCGAAAUGCUGAUGCUAAUGCAAGGGCUUUGAAUGGGUUCACUCCACUGCACAUUGCCUGCAAGAAGAACCGCUUGAAGGUGGUGGAGCUGCUACUGCGACAUGGUGCCAGCAUUAGUGCUACCACGGAAAGUGGUCUCACUCCGCUUCAUGUGGCCGCCUUCAUGGGCUGCAUGAACAUCGUCAUCUAUUUACUGCAGCACGAUGCCAGUCCCGAUGUGCCCACUGUGCGUGGCGAGACACCACUCCAUCUGGCCGCCAGAGCUAACCAGACCGACAUCAUUCGCAUCCUGUUGCGCAACGGCGCCCAGGUGGACGCCCGUGCCCGGGAGCAGCAGACUCCACUGCACAUUGCUUCGCGACUGGGAAAUGUGGACAUUGUAAUGCUCCUACUCCAGCAUGGCGCUCAAGUGGACGCCACCACUAAGGACUUGUACACGGCACUCCACAUCGCCGCCAAGGAGGGACAGGAUGAGGUGGCUGCUGUGCUUAUUGAGAACGGUGCCGCCUUGGAUUCCGCCACCAAGAAGGGAUUCACACCUCUUCAUUUGACGGCCAAAUAUGGACACAUCAAGGUCGCCCAGUUGCUGCUGCAGAAGGAAGCGGAUGUGGAUGCGCAGGGCAAGAAUGGUGUCACCCCAUUGCAUGUGGCUUGUCAUUAUAAUAACCAGCAGGUUGCCCUUUUGCUUCUGGAAAAGGGAGCCAGUCCACAUGCCACGGCCAAGAAUGGGCAUACCCCUCUCCAUAUUGCAGCAAGGAAGAAUCAAAUGGAUAUUGCCACUACUUUAUUGGAAUAUGGAGCUUUGGCCAAUGCCGAGAGCAAGGCCGGAUUCACUCCACUCCAUUUGAGCAGUCAGGAGGGUCAUGCCGAGAUUUCUAAUCUGUUGAUUGAACAUAAGGCCGCUGUCAAUCAUCCGGCCAAGAAUGGUCUCACACCCAUGCAUCUGUGUGCCCAGGAGGAUAAUGUGAAUGUUGCCGAGAUUCUGGAGAAGAAUGGUGCUAACAUCGAUAUGGCCACCAAGGCGGGAUAUACUCCUUUGCAUGUCGCCUCUCAUUUCGGACAGGCCAAUAUGGUGCGUUUCUUGCUGCAAAAUGGCGCCAAUGUAGAUGCUGCCACAUCAAUUGGAUAUACUCCUCUCCAUCAGACCGCCCAGCAGGGGCAUUGCCAUAUUGUGAAUCUCUUGCUGGAGCAUAAGGCCAAUGCCAAUGCCCAAACCGUCAACGGACAAACACCCUUACACAUUGCUCGCAAGUUGGGCUACAUAAGUGUCCUUGAUUCGUUGAAAACCAUAACCAAGGAGGACGAGGCAGCUGCUGCUUCGGCCCAAACUGAGGAGAAGUAUCGCGUUGUGGCUCCCGAGGCCAUGCACGAGUCCUUCAUGUCGGACUCUGAGGAAGAGGGCGGCGAAGACAAUAUGCUAUCAGACCAACCAUACCGCUAUUUGACCGUUGAUGAAAUGAAAUCCCUAGGCGACGACUCACUACCGAUCGAUGUGACCCGUGAUGAGCGCAUGGACUCCAACAGGAUGACCCAGAGUGCCGAGUAUGCCUCUGGAGUUCCGCCAACCAUCGGUGAGGAGGUUAUCAGUCCCCACAAGACCCAGGUUUAUGGCAGUUCGCCCAAGGCCACUGUCGAUGGAGUGUAUAUCGCCAAUGGAGCUGGUCAGGAUGAGCCGCCACAUGUCGGCCGCAAGCUGAGCUGGAAGAGCUUCCUGGUGUCCUUCUUGGUCGAUGCCCGUGGAGGAGCUAUGCGGGGAUGUCGACACAGUGGCGUCCGCAUGAUUAUCCCCUCGAGGUCCACUUGUCAGCCAACCAGGGUCACUUGUCGCUAUGUAAAGCCGCAGCGCACCAUGCAUCCGCCUCAAUUGAUGGAGGGAGAGGCCCUGGCCAGUCGUGUCUUGGAAUUGGGUCCUUGCUCUACCAAGUUCAUUGGGCCGGUGAUCAUGGAGGUGCCGCACUUUGCAUCGCUGCGGGGCAAGGAGCGCGAGAUCAUUAUUUUGCGAUCUGAUAAUGGAGAAACAUGGAGGGAGCACACUAUUGAUAAUUCCGAGGAGAUUAUACACGAUGUCUUGCAGCAGUGCUUUGAGCCAGAGGAGAUUGCCCAAUUGGAGGAGCAGGCUGGCAACCAUGUCUGCCGCUUCGUAACCUACGAUUUCCCUCAAUACUUCGCUGUCGUGUCGCGCAUUCGUCAGGAGGUCCAUGCCAUUGGACCAGAAGGCGGCAUGGUGUCCAGCACCGUGGUGCCACAGGUGCAGGCUGUCUUCCCACAGGGAGCCCUCACCAAGAAGAUCAAAGUUGGCUUACAGGCCCAGCCGGUUGAUCCUGAUCUCACCGCCAAGCUUUUGGGUCGCGGUGUAGCCGUAUCGCCGAUUGUUACGGUCGAGCCGCGACGCCGUAAAUUCCACAAGGCCAUCACCCUCAGCAUGCCCGCACCCAAGGCUCACAGCCAGGGCAUGAUCAAUCAGUACUCGGGCAAUACGCCCACCCUGCGACUGCUAUGCUCCAUAACAGGCGGACCAUCCCGUGCUCAAUGGGAGGAUGUCACUGGUUCCACGCCGUUAACAUUUGUCAACGACUGCGUCUCCUUUACAACCACAGUAUCAGCUCGUUUCUGGCUGAUGGAUUGCCGAAAUAUCUCGGAUGCCACCAAAAUGGCCACGGAAUUGUACAAGGAAGUUAUCCACGUACCGUUCAUUGCCAAGUUUGUGGUGUUCGCUAAGAAAAUCGAGCCUUUUGAGGCUAGACUUCGAGUCUUCUGCAUGACCGACGAUCGUGAGGACAAAACACUUGAGAAGCAUGAGCUCUACACGGAAGUUGCCAAGAGUCGUGAUGUCGAGGUUCUCGAAGGCAAGCCACAGUACAUAGAGAUGGCCGGCAAUUUGGUUCCUGUGACCAAAUCAGGCGACCAACUGCAAGUCCAGUUUAAGGCCUUCCGUGAGAACCGCCUGCCCUUCACUGUUCGAGUUAAAGAUCAGCAUGCUGAUAUAGUUGGACGAACACUGUUUAUGAAGGAGCCGAAGGUGGCGAAGGGUGAGCCACCGCAACAGCCCAUCUGCAUUUUGAACAUCGUACUUCCCGAGGCUGUAAUCCCUGACUCCACCACGGCCUUCUCGGACCGUGUCACCUCCGCCUACAGGACCUCAAUGUUUAGUCUCAGCAAACACCAGAAUGACCAUUAUAUUGGCGACAUUCGCAUCGUAGAUCUGUCCAACUUGUUGGGUAAGGAUUGGAUUCAAUUGGCUCCCGAGAUUGGCAUUAACGCAGAGGAAAUCGACGAGAUCAUCAACCAAAAUACAGAUAGCAUUGCCAGACAGGCGCAGAGCAUGAUUCGCCUGUAUAAGGACAAACCCAACUAUGAUAUCAUUUCCCUAGAAACGGCAUUGAAAAACAUUGGACGUGACGACAUCAUGAAGAAGUGCAAGAGUGGACGACUAUCCCAUUCGCGUGAGUUCGAUGAAACAGACAUUAUGAAGAACUCAGAAUCCGUGGAGGAGCUGGUUCGCAGAGAAAGCAAGCGAAUCCAGCAGAUCAACGAACGCGAGGAGGUCAAAUACUCUGCCGAGGAGAAGGAAGUCGAGGAAUCCGAGUCCGAUGAGGAAGCUGCCAAGCGAACGGUUGCCGAACGACGGGAGAAGAUUGUCAAGCGUCUGUCCGUGGAGCGAUCCAUUCCUGCCUCAACGCAAAAGAGGGAAAUCACCCGCGAAAUAACCGAAAUCAAGCGUAAGAGUCUCAUCGAAGACAAGAAGGCACACCACGAAUCCGAGAUCUUGAUGCAAUUACCUGCCGAUAAUGUGAUUAUCAAGACAGCAACAGUACCCGACCAAGUCAUCAAGAUGAAGAUGGGCAAGAUGGACUCAACGGAAAUUAGCAAGAGCGAGUUCGACAAGGAGCUGACCCACAAAUUUAAGACAUCCGGCCGCAGCUCAGAGGAGGAAGACCAGCCAUCAUCCCCAGAUCAGACCGAUAAGAUUGUCCAGGACAUCAGUGCCGCCGAGAAGAAAGAGAAGGAUGGUGUAACCUUCAGUCGGGUGACGACAAUUACCCGUCAGGAAGCUCGUGAUAUUACCGAAGAUUUCCUGGAGGUCGAGAAACGCAGUCAACUUCCAGCUACUUCCACCACCGCAACAGUUCACGAGAAGUUUAUUGAAGAGGCCAAGGAGAUGACCAGCCCUCUGGCUUCAGUUCCACAGGAAACCGUUAAGGAGGUUCAGCAGGUCAUUAGCGAGGUGACCGAAAUAGCCAGUAAGAAGGUUGAAAAUAUUAUUAGUUCUUUUGAGAGUAGCAAACCUUCGGAACCUACUGCUACCCUGCCCUCUCAGGCGUCUGUCGAAUCAACGAAAGUCAGCGAGACCAUUAAAAACCUGGAGGAAGCAAAGACCGUCACCCAGGAGCACGUGAAGUCUGUCCAAGUUAUCGAAAGCUCAAGUAUUGAGGAAACAAUUGCUGAGUUCGAGGCCAAGAAGGUUAAAUACGACUUUCAUGGUGGUGAGCCCAAGACUCAGAUCCCCAAGUUCACGCGGAAGCCUAGCGAGGACUCAAUAAAGCCCACUGCUGCUCCACGUGCUACAGUUGAAUCCGAAAUUGAUUCUGUCGUUGAAAUCAAAUCCGAAAAACCGAUCUCAAAAAUUCCAGUUAAGACAAUACCAGCCGAAGCUCAGAAGAUUCCGGAAGCGGAAGCCCGUAAGAUCACUCAAGAUUUCCUGCAGGGCGAGAAACUGGCGGCCGAGCCCAAGGCAGCGCCAGCAGCAAGUAAAAUUCCCAAAGUGGAGCCGAGAAAAUCUGUGGAUAAGCAGGUCGACCGGGAGUCAAAGAUCCUGGAUGACGUUGUCGCAUCUACGGCUACCAUUAUGACCGCAGGACUGGGAGGCGAGAAACUCAAGGAUAAAUCCGUCGAGCAGUCGGAAAUAAUCGCCAAGGCCGAGACCGUCACCGAAAAGGUAACCGAGCUGCUUGACACAUUCCACAAGAUUGAGGAGAAGGUGACCAAGUCUGAGAAGACGUCGGAAAUUUCUACAAAAAUGGAAGAGUUAGUUGUUAUCGAGGACAAGCCACUUUUGCAGGCUCAAUCUAAAGAGGAUAAGGUAGCUGAAAAGGUGGCGGAGGUCAUUGAAACAUUCCACAAAAUCGAGGAGCAGAUUACAACUUCCGAAGCACGCCAGCUUACCCAUGAUUUCCUUAGCAUGGAGCAGCAAAGCCAACUGCCGAGCAUGCCGCAAGCAGUUGAGAAGCCCCUUGAAUCCAGUCUAACAUCCACGAGUGCAUCCGAACCGGAAUCAAUAGUUACAGUGAAAUCCCCACCACCAGCGAGUAGGAUACCUGUGGUGGAACCAAGAAAGUCCCUCAUCGAGGAAACUCCUAAGUCUCUGAUUGAGCCUGAGCCUGUGAAGCUCGCUGAAAAGAAGACUCUAAAUGAGAGGCAACUCACCGCUGAUUUCUUGAGCAUGGAGCAGCAAACCCAACUGGUUUCCGAGCCUGCCAAGGCGCUAGUCGAUGAUGUGGUGAAAACCGCAGAGCAAUUGGUGGAGCUACCCAAACAGCAGAAACCCCUGAAUGAACGACAGCUCACUGAGGAGUUCCUCAUCAUGGAAAAGCAGACACAACUGCCGUCAAAGAUCAUCGAAAGUGAUGCUAAGCUGAUCGAUGGUAUUGAAUCAGCAGCUCCAGUUGGGGAUAAUGCAUCACCAUUCCACACACCCAAGUUGACCACCAGUGUGGUCACACAGGAACCACAAUCACUGACAAGUGAAUACGAUAGUGACACCUUCGGCAAGCAAGCCACUGUUCCACUGAGGGAUAUAAUCAACGAUGAGGGGCUUACUGCUCCAAUCUCAGUGGAACCCCGAAAGUCACUUACCGAUGCCGAAUUCUGCAAAUCGGUGGGCGAAACAAUCACCAAGAAGAUGAGCGUGGGCGUAAUUGAAAUAACUGAUGAACUCAAGAAAAUAGAGAGCGAAAUCCCACAUUCCCAGACUCCGCCGCCAACACCGAGUGACACCAAAACCGAUAAGCAGAACGAAGAGCCAGAACUAAUCAGCUUAGAACGUGAUUACUUGGCUGACACUGUGACCAAAUUGCAUACGACCACAGAGUCGACCUUUGAACGUGUUUCUGCUAUUACCAAAAUUGAGCACUUCAGUGUUCAUAAUGUAAAAACCGAAACCUUUACAAGAACAGAUGAACCUGAUAAGCUGCUUCAUAGUGUGGUAGCUUUCCCCGAUAUUCCGAAAUUGUACUCACAAGACACUACCUCAUUUACAGAAAUGAGUACAAGUAGUCAAACACCGAAGAUGACAACAACGACAACAACCCUGACAGCACAAAUAGAUCGCACCAAAGUAGACUUGACUAUUCCUAAGCAAGACCAGUUGAUGAAGGAGCUGAAGGAUCAGCCCGCAGUAGAUCAAAAGGCAGUUGCAGAAUUUGAGAGAACUGCCAAUGAUAGGGAGUAUUUAGAACAAAUUAUGGGCUGUGGCGAUGUAAGACGAAAAAUUAUGCGUUUGGAAAGUAGUGGCAGUACAGAAUCAUUGGAUUCCAUUGGCAAGCAACCCGUCCUGAUACCAAAAUAUAUAGGUGAAAAUGUGCCAGUGGUGCGAGAGGUGGUGCAAAGCAUUGAGGAUAAAAUCUGCAGUACAGUGGUGUCGGCCAUUCCAUUUACAGUUCAGAAACGGCAGCCUCACGAAGAUGUUAAAGAACCCGAUGUUGUAGAGCUAGAAAAGCAAAUACUAACACCAGCUGACUUGGAACUGGAAAAGUUAAUAAAGUGUGAACCCCCCACUGAGGUGGUCAAGAUAUCGCCAAUACAGGCCAUGGAGCAUGUAGGUCUCGGCCUUAAAGAGAUUGAAGAAGAAGUUUGUGAAAAAAUUUGUGAGAAGCGCAAGUCCUUUGUGGUAGCUGAAGACUUAUGUGAAACAGAAAAGACUUUAACAGAACAGGUAAUAGAUUUUAAUAGGCAAGUAGAACAGGUACCUGGAAGGAUUUUAACUGAAACUGAAAAUGUUGAGCAGCACGUAGACUUAGGAGGUAAGGAUGUCAUUGAAGUUUUACCAAAGGUGAAGGAGGUUGUGCAGGAUAUUGAACGUAGAUAUCCUGCAAGUCUAGAGGCUAAGCCAUUUAGUCCACGAAAACGAGUUACCCCUGACCGAAAGGCUGAUGUUUCGACCAUAGAGCAGCAAAUUCUGAGCGAUGCCGAUCUGAUUUUAGAUGGUUUAGGAUCUAAGCGCAUACCAGAGCAAAAAGUACAGUCGCCCGUUUGGUUCACGGAAAAGACGAGCAGCAGUACUGAAAACCUCGAAGACGUAUGUGAAAAGAUAUGCUCAAAGCGCACAAUCUCAGAUAUGGCAAAGGCCUUUGAAAGACAAGAAGACCUAGAAACAUUACCAACAAUUAAGGAUGUCAAAUCAACAACAGCCACGUUCCUUGAACAUGAAUCCUUAAGAUUUGAUCUAACGGAAAGUAUUAAAGAGUUCGAGGCCAAGAGUAUUUUACAUGAAGGUUUAACAGGGAUCGCAGAGAGUCAAAUUAAAUUUAUAACAGAAUGUGAUAAACAAGAAUUUCCAAUAGAAUCCAUUAAGGACACUAAAGUCGUAGAAUUUCCAAAACUUGCACAUACCCUCGAACGAUUGCAUUCCAUUUCUAAAACUGACGUUGCGGAUACAAAAGAGUUUGUCCACGUAGCUACCGAAUAUGAAGCGAAAAUAGAUAGGCUCGUUCACCAGAGUGAACAGCAUACAGCACAAAAAGUUGACCAAACCCUAGAAAUGGGUAUUAAUGUCAAGUUUCCCACGCACGAUAAAACCGACGAGCUUCAAAAAAGCCAUACUUUGGCCUCCAAAAUCUCUGAGCUUGACGAAACAACUAAUGACUUGCAGAUUAAAUUUCCAUCUGAAGUUAAAACGUAUAUAGAUAAGCAAACAAUUGAAAGCGAUAGUGACGAAGAGCUAGACAAUCUGAAAAGGAAAAACAAGCUGAGGCAUUUAUCGAAAAUAGAAAAUAUAUCAGUGUUAGAUGGAACUAAUAUUGUCGAAAUAACUCCAGAUCGAGAAAUAACGAAGUUUCCAACAGGAAAUGACAUUCAUAGUAAUAGCAAAUCAGGAAAAGCAUUUUUAGGGGAAUCUAAGGUUAAAACAGAGACCGCCUUUUCCUUGGAAGAUAAAAAAAUUCAACUUAGAGACGAUAAGGUUCCAACCAAGGUAGUCGACAAGCACAAGUCACCCACUGACUCAGUGAAGCCUACUCCAAAAGCGUCUUUGGGCGAUAAAAGCGAUGAGGAGUUUGGAAUUCCAAAGCCCCAAGACGAGCCAGUUACCCAAACAAAUUUCUUGGUGACUCCGUUAAUUGAAGGUGGUGGUCAUAAGUCUCCUUUACAGCCUCUUAACGUAACAGACGAUAAGGGUCCAAUUAAACUAGACGCCAAGCCCAAGUCACCAGUUGAGUCAGGAAAGCAGAGAAUAGACGACUUACAGCCGAUGAAUAUUACGGUUUUCAUGGCCGCAGAAAGUUCAACCUCAAUUCAAAGUAGCAAAAAAUCGGUUUGCAUUACUAAAGAGACGGUAGAUAUCAGGGUCAGCAAACCUUCAGACCCUGUUGAAAAACCAAAGAUUCUUGACAUAAAAGACGAUAAAGUUAUAACUAAGCUAGACGACAAGCCCAAAUCGGAUGACGAAAGUGAUGAGGAGUUAGGAAUUCCAAAGCCCGAAGACAAACAAGUUACCCAGCCAAUUUCAUUGGUGACUCCGUUAAUUGGUGAUGGUGCUGAUAAGUUUUCUCUACAGCCUCUUAGCGUAAAAGACGAUAAGGUUCGAACUAAGGUAGACGACAAGCCCAAGUCACCAGUUGUGUCAGGAAAGGCUACUCCAAAAGCAUAUUCGGACAACGAAAGUGAUGAGGAGUUAGGAAUUCCAAAGCCCCAAGACAAGCCAGUUACCCAGCAAAUUUCGUUGGUGACUCCGUUAAUUGGUGAUAGCGGUGAUAAGUCUCCUCUACAGUCUCUUAGCGUAAAAGACGAUAAGGUUCCAACUAAGCUAGACAACAAGCCCAAGUCACCAAUUCAGUCAGGAAAGUCUAGUCCAAAAGCGUAUUCGGACGACGAAAGUGAUGAGGAGCUUGGAAUUCCAAAGCCCGAAGUCAAACAAGUUACCCAGCCAAUUUCAUUGGUGACUCCGGUGAUUGGUGAUGGCGGUGAUAAGUCUUCUCUACAGCCUCUUAGUAGCAUAAAAGACGAUAAGGUUUCAACUAAGCUAGACGACGAGCCCAAGUCACCAGUUGUGUCAGGAAAGGCUACUCCAAAAGCAUAUUCGGACGACGAAAGUGUUGACGAGUUAGGAAUUCCAAAGCCCCAAGACCAGCCAGUUACCCAGCCUAUUUCAUUGGUGACUCCAUUAAUUGGUGAUGGCGGUGAUAAAUCUCCUCUACAGCUUCUUAGCGUAAAAGACGAUAAGGUUCCAACUAAGCUAGACGACAAGCCCAAGUCACCAGUUGAGUUAGGAAAGUCUAGUCCAAAACCGUAUUCGGACGACGAAAGUGAUGAGGAGUUUGGAAUUUCAAAGCCCGAAGACAAUUCAGUUACUAAGCCAAUUUCAUUGGUGACUCCGUUAGAUGGUUGUGGUGAUGCUAAGUUGCCUCUACAGUCUCUUAGCAUAAAAGACGAUAAGGUUAUAACUAAGCUAGACGACAAGCCCAAGUCGGACGACGAAAGUGAUGAGGAGUUAGAAAUUCCAAAGCCCCAAGACAAGCCAGUUACCCAGCCAAUUACAUUGGUGACUCCGUUAAUUGGUGGUAGUGGUGAUAAGUUACCUCUACAGCCUCUAAGCGUAAAAGACGAUAAGGUUCCAACUAAGCUAGACGACAAGCCCAAGUCACCAGUUGUGUCAGGAAAGCCUAGUCCAAAAGCAUAUUCGGACGACGAAAGUGAUGAAGAAUUAGGAAUUCCAAAGCCCCAAGACAAGCCAGUUACCCAGCCAAUUUCAGUGAUGACUCCGUUAAUUGGUGGUGGUGGUGAUAAGUUACCUCUACAGCCUCUAAGCGUAAAAGACGAUAAGGUUCCAACUAAGCUAGACGACAAGCCCAAGUCACCAGUUGUGUCAGGAAAGCCUAGUCCAAAAGCAUAUUCGGACGACGAAAGUGAUGAAGAGUUAGGAAUUCCAAAGCCCCAAGACAAGCCAGUUACCCAGCCUUUUUCAUUGGUGACUCCAUUAAUUGGUGAUGGCGGUGAUAAGUCUCCUCUACAGCCUCUUAGCGUAAAAGACGAUAAGGUUCCAACUAAGCUAGACGACGAGCCCAAGUCACCAGUUGUGUCAGGAAAGCCUAGUCCAAAAGCAUAUUCGGACGACGAAAGUGAUGAGGAGUUAGUAAUUCCAAAGCCCCAAGACAAGCCAGUUAUCCAGCCAAUUUCAUUGGUGACUCCGGUAAUUGGUGGUGGUGGUGUUAAGUCUUCUCUACAGCCUCUUAGCGUAAAAGACGAUAAGGUUCCGAAUAAGCUAGACGACAAGCCCAAGUCACCAGUUGAGUCAGGAAAGCCUAGUCCAAAAGCAUAUUCGGACGACGAAAGUGAUGAGGAGUUAGGAAUUCCAAAGCCCCAAGACAAGCCAGUUACCCAGCCAAUUUCAUUGGUGACUCCGGUAAUUGGUGGUGGUGGUGAUAAGUCUCCUCUACAUCCUCUUAGCGUAAAAGACGAUAAGGUUCCAACUAAGCUAGACGACAAGCCAAAGUCACCAAUUGCGUCCGAAAAGCCAAGUCCAAAAGCAUAUUCGGACGACGAAAGUGAUGAGGAGUUAGGAAUUCCAAAGCCCCAAGACAAGCCAUUUACCCAGCCAAUUUCAUUGCAGCCUCUUAGCGUAAAAGACGAUAAGGUUCCAACUAAGCUAGACGACAAGCCCAAGUCACCAGUUGAGUUAGUAAAGCCUAGUCCAAAAGCAUAUUCGGACGACGAAAGUGAUGAGGAGUUAGGAAUUCCACAGCACCAAGACAAGCCAGUUACCCAGCCACUUUCAUUGGUAAUUGGUGGUGGUGGUAAUAAGUCUCCUCUACAGCCUCUUAGCGCAAAAGACGAAAAGGUUUUAACUAAGCUAGAAGACAAGCCCAAGUCACCAGUUGUGUCAGGAAAGCCUAGUCCAAAAGCAUAUUCGGACGACGAAAGUGAUGAGGAGUUAGGAAUUCCAAAGCCCCAAGACAAGCCAGUUACCCAGCCAAUUUCAUUGGUGACUCCUUUAAUUGGUGGUAGUGGUGAUAAGUUACCUCUACAGCCUCUUAGCGUAAAAGACCCAGUUGAGUCAGGAAAGGCUAGUCCAAAAGCGUAUUCGGACGACGAAAGUGAUGAGGAGUUUGGAAUUCCAAAGCCCGAAGACAAACAAGUUACCCAGCCCAUUUCAUUGGUGACUCCGGUAAUUGGUGGUGGUGGUGAUAAGUCUCCUCUACAGCCUCUUAGCGUAAAAGACGAUAAGGUUCCAACUAAGCUAGACGACAAGCCCAAGUCGCCAGUUGACGUAAAAGACGAUAAGGUUCUAACUAAGCUAGACGACAAGCCCAAGUCACCAGUUGAGUCAGGAAAGGCUAGUCCAAAAGCGUAUUCGGACGACGAAAGUGAUGAGGAGUUUGGAAUUCCAAAGCCCGAAGACAAACAAGUUACCCAGCCCAUUUCAUUGGUGACUCCUUUAAUUGGUGGUAGUGGUGAUAAGUUACCUCUACAGCCUCUUAGCGUAAAAGACGAUAAGGUUCUAACUAAGCUAGACUACAAGCCCAAGUCACCAGUUGAGUUAGGAAAGGCUAGUCCAAAAGCGUAUUCGGACGACGAAAGUGAUGAGGAGUUUGGAAUUCCAAAGCCCGAAGACAAACAAGUUAACCAGCCCAAUUCAUUGGUGACUCCGGUAAUAGGUGGUGGUGGUGAUAAGUCUCCUCUACAGCCUCUUAGCGUAAAAGACGAUAAGGUUCCAACUAAGCUAGACUACAAGCCCAAGUCACCAGUUGAGUCAGGAAAGGCUAGUCCAAAAGCGUAUUCGGACGACGAAAGUGAUGAGGAGUUAGGAAUUCCAAAGCCCGAAGACAAUCAAGUUACCCAGCCCAUUUCAUUGGUGACUCCGGUAAUUGGUGGUGGUGGUGAUAAGUCUCCUCUACAGCCUCUUAGCGACGAUAAGGUUCCAACUAAGCUAGACGACAAGCCCAAGUCACCAGUUGAGUCAGGAAAGGCUAGUCCAAAAGCGUAUUCGGACGACGAAAGUGAUGAGGAGUUUGGAAUUCCAAAGCCCGAAGACAAACAAGUUACCCAGCCCAUUUCAUUGGUGACUCCGGUUAUUGGUGGUGGUGGUGAUAAGUCUCCCCUACAGCCUCUUAACGUAAAAGACGAUAAGGUUCCAACUAAGCUAGACGACAAGCCCAAGUCACCAGUUGAGUCAGGAAAGGCUAGUCCAAAGGCGUAUUCGGACGACGAAAGUGAUGAGGAGUUAGGAAUUCCAAUGCCCCAAGACAAACAAGUUACCCAGCCAAUUUCAUUGGUGACUCCGGUAAUUGGUGGUGGUGGUGAUAAGUCUCCUCUACAGCCUCUUAGCGUAAAAGACGAUAAGGUUCCAACUAAGCUAGACUACAAGCCCAAGUCACCAGUUGAGUCAGGAAAGGCUAGUCCAAAAGCGUAUUCGGACGACGAAAGUGAUGAGGAGUUAGGAAUUCCAAAGCCCGAAGACAAUCAAGUUACCCAGCCCAUUUCAUUGGUGACUCCGGUAAUUGGUGGUGGUGGUGAUAAGUCUCCUCUACAGCCUCUUAGCCCAGUUGAGUCAGGAAAGGCUAGUCCAAAAGCGUAUUCGGACGACGAAAGUGAUGAGGAGUUUGGAAUUCCAAAGCCCGAAGACAAACAAGUUACCCAGCCCAUUUCAUUGGUGACUCCGGUUAUUGGUGGUGGUGGUGAUAAGUCUCCCCUACAGCCUCUUAACGUAAAAGACGAUAAGGUUCCAACUAAGCUAGACGACAAGCCCAAGUCACCAGUUGAGUCAGGAAAGGCUAGUCCAAAGGCGUAUUCGGACGACGAAAGUGAUGAGGAGUUAGGAAUUCCAAUGCCCCAAGACAAACAAGUUACCCAGCCAAUUUCAUUGGUGACUCCGGUAAUUGGUGGUGGUGGUGAUAAGUCUCCUCUACAGCCUCUUAGCGUAAAAGACGAUAAGGUGUUAGGUGAGGAGUUUGGAAUUCCAAAGCCCGAAGACAAUCAAGUUACCCAGCCCAUUUCAUUGGUGACUCCGGUAAUUGGUGGUGGUGGUGAUAAGUCUCCUCUACAGCCUCUUAGCGACGAUAAGGUUCCAACUAAGCUAGACGACAAGCCCAAGUCGCCAGUUGAGUCAGGAAAGGCUAGUGCAAAAGCGUAUUCGGACGACGAAAACAAACAAGUUACCCAGCCCAUUUCAUUGGUGACUCCGGUUAUUGGUGGUGGUGGUGAUAAGUCUCCCCUACAGCCUCUUAGCGUAAAAGACGAUAAGGUUCCAACUAAGCUAGACGAAAAGCCCAAGUCACCAGUUGAGUCAGGAAAGGCUAGUCCAAAAGCGUAUUCGGACGACGAAAGUGAUGAGGAGUUUGGCAUUCCAAAGCCGGAAGACAAACAAGUUACCCAGCCCAUUUCAUUGGUGACUCCGGUAAUUGGUGGUGGUGGUGAUAAGUCUCCUCUACAGCCUCUUAGCGUAAAAGACGAUAAGGUUCCAACUAAGCUAGACGACAAGCCAAAGUCACCAGUUGAGUCAGGAAAGGCUAGUGCAAAAGCGUAUUCGGACGACGAAAGUGAUGAGGAGUUUGGAAUUCCAAAGCCCGAAGACAAACAAGUUACCCAGCCCAUUUCAUUGGUGACUCCGGUUAUUGGUGGUGGUGGUGAUAAGUCUCCCCUACAGCCUCUUAACGUAAAAGACGAUAAGGUUCCAACUAAGCUAGACGACAAGCCCAAGUCACCAGUUGAGUCAGGAAAGGCUAGCCCAAAGGCGUAUUCGGACGACGAAAGUGAUGAGGAGUUAGGAAUUCCAAAGCCCCAAGACAAACAAGUUACCCAGCCAAUUUUAUUGGUGACUCCGGUAAUUGGUGGUGGUGGUGAUAAGUCUCCUCUACAGCCUCUUAGCGUAAAAGACGAUAAGGUUCCAACUAAGCUAGACGACAAGCCCAAGUCACCAGUUGAGUCAGGAAAGGCUAGUCCAAAAGCGUAUUCGGACGACGAAAGUGAUGAGGAGUUUGGAAUUCCAAAGCCGGAAGACAAACAAGUUACCCAGCCCAUUUCAUUGGUGACUCCGGUAAUUGGUGGUGGUGGUGAUAAGUCUCCUCUACAGCCUCUUAGCGUAAAAGACGAUAAGGUUCCAACUAAGCUAGACGACAAGCCCAAGUCACCAGUUGAGUCAGGAAAGGCUAGUCCAAAACCGUAUUCGGACGACGAAAGUGAUGGAGAGUUUGGAAUUCCAAAGCCCCAAGACAAACAAGUUACCCAGCCCAUUUCAUUGGUGACUCCGGUAAUUGGUGGUGGUGGUGAUAAGUCUCCUCUACAGCCUCUUAGCGUAAAAGACGAUAAGGUUCCAACUAAGCUAGGCGAUAAGCCUAAGUCACCAGUUGACGAAAAAGACGAUAAGGUUCCAACUAAGCUAGACGACAAGCCCAAAACACCAAUUGAGUCAGGAAAGGCUAGUCCAAAAGCGUAUUCGGACGACGAAAGUGAUGAGGAGUUUGGAAUUCCAAAGCCCGAAGACAAACAAGUUACCCAGCCCAUUUCAUUGGUGACUCCGGUAAUUGGUGGUGGUGGUGAUAAGUCUCCUCUACAGCCUCUUAGCGUAAAAGACGAUAAGGUUCCAACUAAGCUAGACGAAAAGCCUAAGUCACCAGUUGAGUCAGGAAAGGCUAGUCCAAAACCGUAUUCGCACGACGAAAGUGAUGAGGAGUUUGUAAAAGACGAUAAGGUUCCAACUAAGCUAGGCGAUAAGCCUAAGUCACCAGUUGAGUCAGGAAAGGCUAGUCUAAAAGCGUAUUCGGACGACGAAAACAAACAAAUUACCCAGCCCAUUUCAUUGGUGACUCCUUUAAUUGGUGGUGGUGGUGAUAACUCUCCUCUACAGCCUCUUAGCGAAAAAGACGAUAAGGUUCCAACUAAGCUAGACGACAAGCCCAAAACACCAAUUGAGUCAGGAAAGGCUAGUCCAAAAGCGUAUUCGGACGACGAAAGUGAUGAGGAGUUUGGAAUUCCAAAGCCCGAAGACAAACAAGUUACCCAGCCCAUUUCAUUGGUGACUCCGGUAAUUGGUGGUGGUGGUGAUAAGUCUCCUCUACAGCCUCUUAGCGUAAAAGACGAUAAGGUUCCAACUAAGCUAGACGAAAAGCCUAAGUCACCAGUUGAGUCAGGAAAGGCUAGUCCAAAACCGUAUUCGCACGACGAAAGUGAUGAGGAGUUUGGAAUUCCAAAGCCCGAAGACAAACAAGUUACCCAGCCAAUUUCAUUGGUGACUCCGGUAAUUGGUGGUGGUGGUGAUAAGUCUCCUCUACAGCCUCUUAGCGUAAAAGACGAUAAGGUUCCAACUAAGCUAGACGACAAGCCCAAGUCACCAGUUGAGUCAGGAAAGGCUAGUCCAAAAGCGUAUUCGGACGACGAAAGUGAUGAGGAGUUUGGAAUUUCAAAGCCAGAAGACAAGCCAGUUACCCAGCCAAUUUCAUUGGUGACUCCGGUAAUUGGUGGUGGUGGUGAUUUUGGAAUUCCAAAGCCCGAAGACAAACAAGUUACCCAGCCAAUUACAUUGGUGACUCCGUUAAUUGGUAGUGGUGGCGACAAGGUUUCACCUAAGCUAGACGAAAAGCCCAAGUCACCAGUUAAGUCAGGAAAGCCUUGUCUAAAACCGUAUUCGAACGACGAAAGUGAUGAGGAGUUAGGAAUUCCAAAGCCCGAAGACAAGCCAGUUACCCAGCCAAUUUCAUUGGUGACUCCAGUAAUUGGUGGUGGUGGUGAUAAGUCUCCUCUACAGCCUCUUAGCAUAAAAGGCGAUAAGGUUCCAAUUAAGCUAGACGAUAAGCCCAAGUCACCAGUUGUGUCAGGAAAGCCUAGUCCAAAACCAUUUUCGGACGACGAAAGUGAUGAGGAGUCAGGAAUUCCACAGCCUCAAGACAAGCCAGCUACCAAGCCAAUUUCAUUGGUGACUCCGUUAAUUGGUGGUGUUGGUGAUAAGUCUCCUGUAGAGCCUCUUAGCGUAAAAGACGAUAAGGUUCCAACUAAGCUAGACGACAAGCCCAAGUCACCAGUUGAGUCAGGAAAGGCUAGUCCAAAAGCGUAUUCGUACGACGAAAGUGAUGAGGAGUUUGGAAUUCCAAAGCCCCAAGACAAACAAGUUACCCAGCCCAUUUCAUUGCCAGUUGAGUCAGGAAAGGCUAGUCCAAAAGCGUAUUCGGACGACGAAAGUGAUGAGGAGUUUGGAAUUCCAAAGCCCCAAGACAAGCCAGUUACCCAGCCAAUUUCAUUGGUGACUCCGGUAAUUGGUGGUGGUGGUGAUAAGUCUCCUGUACAGCCUCUUAGCGUAAAAGACGAUAAGGUUUCACCUAAGCUAGACGACAAGCCCAAGUCACCAGUUGAGUCAGGAAAGGCUAGUCCAAAAGCGUAUUCGGACGACGAAAGUGAUGAGGAGUUUGGAAUUCCAAAGCCCCAAGACAAGCCAGUUACCCAGCCAAUUUCAUUGCUAGACGACAAGCCCAAAACACCAAUUGAGUCAGGAAAGGCUAGUCCAAAAGCGUAUUCGGACGACGAAAGUGAUGAGGAGUUUGGAAUUCCAAAGCCCGAAGACAAACAAGUUACCCAGCCCAUUUCAUUGGUGACUCCGGUAAUUGGUGGUGGUGGUGAUAAGUCUUCAGGAAAGGCUAGUCCAAAAGCGUAUUCGGACGACGAAAGUGAUGAGGAGUUUGGAAUUUCAAAGCCAGAAGACAAGCCAGUUACCCAGCCAAUUUCAUUGGUGACUCCGGUAAUUGGUGGUGGUGGUGAUGACGAAAGUGAUGAGGAGUUUGGAAUUCCAAAUCCCGAAGACAAACAAGUUACCCAGCCAAUUACAUUGGUGACUCCGUUAAUUGGUAGUGGUGGCGACAAGGUUUCACCUAAGCUAGACGAAAAGCCCAAGUCACCAGUUAAGUCAGGAAAGCCUUGUCUAAAACCGUAUUCGAACGACGAAAGUGAUGAGGAGUUAGGAAUUCCAAAGCCCGAAGACAAGCCAGUUACCCAGCCAAUUUCAUUGGUGACUCCAGUAAUUGGUGGUGGUGGUGAUAAGUCUCCUCUACAGCCUCUUAGCAUAAAAGGCGAUAAGGUUCCAAUUAAGCUAGACGAUAAGCCCAAGUCACCAGUUGUGUCAGGAAAGCCUAGUCCAAAACCAUUUUCGGACGACGAAAGUGAUGAGGAGUCAGGAAUUCCACAGCCUCAAGACAAGCCAGCUACCAAGCCAAUUUCAUUGGUGACUCCGUUACCAGUUGAGUCAGGAAAGGCUAGUCCAAAAGCGUAUUCGUACGACGAAAGUGAUGAGGAGUUUGGAAUUCCAAAGCCCCAAGACAAACAAGUUACCCAGCCCAUUUCAUUGCCAAUUUCAUUGGUGACUCCUUUAAUUGGUGGUAGUGGUGAUAAGUUACCUCUACAGCCUCUUAGAGUAAAAGACGAUAAGGUUCCAACUAAGCUAGACGACAAGCCCAAGUCACCAGUUGAGUCAGGAAAGGCUAGUCCAAAAGCGUAUUCGGACGACGAAAGUGAUGAGGAGUUAGGAAUUCCAAAGCUCGAAGACAAUCAAGUUACCCACCCCAUUUCAUUGGUGACUCCGGUAAUUGGUGGUGGUGGUGAUAAGUCUCCUCUACAGCCUCUUAGCGUAAAAUACGAUAAGGUUCCAACUAAGCUAGACGACAAGCCCAAGUCACCAGUUGAGUCAGGAAAGGCUAGUCCAAAAGCGUAUUCGGACGACGAAAGUGAUGAGGAGUUAGGAAUUCCAAAGCCCGAAGACAAUCAAGUUACCCAGCCCAUUUCAUUGGUGACUCCGGUAAUUGGUGGUGGUGGUGAUAAGUCUCCUGUACAGCCUCAUAGCGUAAAAGACGAUAAGGUUCCAACUAAGCUAGACGACAAGCCCAAGUCACCAGUUGAGUCAGGAAAGGCUAGUCCAAAAGCGUAUUCGGACGACGAAAGUGAUGAGGAGUUAGGAAUUCCAAGGCCCCAAGACAAGCCAGUUACCCAGCCAAUUUCAUUGGUGACUCCGGUAAUUGGUGGUGGUGGUGAUAAGUCUCCUCUACAGCCUCUUAGCGUAAAAGACGAUAAGGUUCCAACUAAGCUAGACGACAAGCCCAAGUCACCAGUUGAGUCAGGAAAGGCUAGUCCAAAAGCGUAUUCGGACGACGAAAGUGAUGAGGAGUUAGGAAUUCCAAAGCUCGCAGACAAUCAAGUUACCCAGCCCAUUUCAUUGGUGACUCCGGAAAUUGGUGGUGGUGGUGAUAAAUCUCCUCUACAGCCUCUUAGCUCUCCUCAACAGCCUCUUAGCGCAAAAGACGAUAAGGUUUUAACUAAGCUAGACGACAAGCCCAAGUCACCAGUUGAGUCAGGAAAGGCUAGUCCAAAAGCGUAUUCGGACGACGAAAGUGAUGAGGAGUUUGGAAUUUCAAAGCCAGAAGACAAGCCAGUUACCCAGCCAAUUUCAUUGGUGACUCCGGUAAUUGGUGGUGGUGGUGAUAAGUCUCCUCUACAGCCUCUUAGCGUAAAAGACGAUAAGGUUCCAACUAAGCUAGACGAAAAGCCUAAGUCACCAGUUGACGUAAAAGACGAUAAGAUUCCAACUAAGCUAGACAACAAGCCAAAGUCACCAGUUGAGUCAGGAAAGGCUAGUCCAAAAGCGUAUUCGGACGACGAAAGUGAUGAGGAGUUAGGAAUUCCAAAGCCCCAAGACAAGCCAGUUACCCAGCCAAUUUCAGUGAUGACUCCGUUAAUUGGUGGUGGUGGUGAUAAGUCUUCGCUACAGCCUCUUAGCGUAAAAGACGAUAAGGUUCCAAAUAAGCUAGACGACAAGCUCAAGUCACCAAUUGCGUCUGAAAAGCCUAGUCCAAAAGCGGACGACGAAAGUGAUGAAGAGUUUGGAAUUCCAAAGCCCCAAGACAAGCCAGUUACCCAGCCAAUUUCAUUGGUCACUCCGGUAAUUGGUGGUGGUGGUGAUACGUCUCCUCUACAGCCUCUUAGCGUAAAAGACGAUAAGAUUCCAGCUAAGCUAGACGACAAGCCCAAGUCACCAGUUGAGACAGGAAAGGCUGGUCCAAAAGCGUAUUCGGACGACGAAAGUGAUGAGGAGUUUGGAAUUCAAAAGCCCCAAGACAAGCCAGUUACCCAGCCAAUUUCAUUGGUGACUCCGGUAAUUGGUGGUGGUGGUGAUAAGUCUCCUCUACAGCCUCUUAGCGUAAAAGACGAUAAGAUUACAACUAAGCUAGACGACAAGCCCAAGUCACCAGUUGUGUCAGGAAAGCCUAUCGACAAGCCAAAGUCACCAAUUGAGUCAGGAAAGGCUAGUCCAAAAGCGUAUUCGGACGACGAAAGUGAUGAGGAGUUAGGAAUUCCAAAGCCCCAAGACAAGCCAAUUACCCAGCCAAUUUCAUUGGUCACUCCUGUAAUUGGUGGUGGUGGUGAUAAGUUUCCUCUACAUGGUGAUAAGUUACCUCUACAGCCUCUUAGCGUAAAAGACGAUAAGGUUCCAACUAAGCUAGACGACAAGCCCAAGUCGCCAAUUGAGUCAGGAAAGGCUAGUCUAAAAGCGUAUUCGGACGACGAAAGUGAUGAGGAGUUUGGAAUUCCAAAGCCCGAAGACAAACAAGUUACCCAGCCCAUUUCAUUGGUGACUCCGUUAAUUGGUAGUGGUGGUGAUAAGUUACCUGUACAGCCUCUUAGCGUAAAAGACGAUAAGGUUCCAACUAAGCUAGACGACAAGCCCAAGUCACCAGUUGAGUCAGGAAAGCCUAGUCCAAAAGCAUAUUCGGACGACGAAUGUGAUGAGGAGUUAGGAAUUCCAAAGCCCCAAGACAAGCCAGUUACCCAACCAAUUUCAUUGGUGACUCCGGUAAUUGGUGCUGGUGGUGAUAAGUCUCCUCUACAUCCUCUUAGCGUAAAAGACGAUAAGGUUCCAACUAAGCUAGACGACAAGCCCAAGUCACCAGUUGAGUCAGGAAAGGCUAGUCCAAAAGCGUAUUCGGACGACGAAAGUGAUGAGGAGUUAGGAAUUCCAAAGCCCCAAGACAAGCCAAUUACCCAGCCAAUUUCAUUGGUCACUCCUGUAAUUGGUGGUGGUGGUGAUAAGUUUCCUCUACAGUCUCUUAGCGUAAAACACGAUGAGGUUCCAACUAAGCUAGACGACAAGCCAAAGUCACCAGUUGACGUAAAAGACGAUAAGGUUCCAACUAAGCUAGACGACAAGCCCAAGUCACCAGUUGAGUCAGGAAAGCCUAGUCCAAAAGCAUAUUCGGACGACGAAUGUGAUGAGGAGUUAGGAAUUCCAAAGCCCGAAGAAAAGCCAGUUACCCAGCCAAUUUCAUUGGUGACUCCGGUAAUUGGUGGUGGUGGUGAUAAGUCUCCUGUACAGCCUCUUAGCGUAAAAGACGAUAAGGUUCCAACUAAGCUAGACGACAAGCCCAAGUCACCAGUUGAGUCAGGAAAGCCUAGUCCAAAAGCAUAUUCGGACGACGAAUGUGAUGAGGAGUUAGGAAUUCCAAAGCCCCAAGACAAGCCAGUUACCCAGCCAAUUUCAUUGGUGACUCCGGUAAUUGGUGCUGGUGGUGAUAAGUCUCCUCUACAUCCUCUUAGCGUAAAACACGAUGAGGUUACAACUGAGCUAGACGACAAGCCCAAGUCACCAGUUGAGUCAGGAAAGUCUAGCCCAAAAGCAUAUUCGGAAGACGAAAGUGAUGAGGAGUUAGGAAUUCCAAAGCCCGAAGAAAAGCCAGUUACCCAGCCAAUUUCAUUGGUGACUCCGGUAAUUGGUGGUGGUGGUGAUAAGUCUCCUGUACAGCCUCUUAGCGGAAAAGACGAUAAGGUUCCAACUAAGCUAGACGACAAGCCCAAGUCACCAGUUGAGUCAGGAAAGCCUAGUCCAAAUGCAUAUUCGGACGACGAAAGUGAUGAGGAGUUUGAAAUUUCAAAGCCCGAAGACAAGCAAGCUACCCAGCCAAUUUCAUUGGUGACUCCGUUAAUUGGUAGUGGUGGUGAUAAGUCUCCUGUACAGCCUCUUAGCGUAAAAGACGAUAAGGUUCCAACUAAGCUAGACGACAAGCCCAAGUCACCAGUUGAGUCAGGAAAGCCUAGUCCAAAAGCAUAUUCGGACGACGAAUGUGAUGAGGAGUUAGGAAUUCCAAAGCCCGAAGAAAAGCCAGUUACCCAGCCAAUUUCAUUGGUGACUCCGGUAAUAGGUGAUGGUGGUGAUAAGUCUCCUUUACAGCCUCUUAGCGUAAAAGACGAUAAGGUUCCAACUAAGCUAGACGACAAGCCCAAGUCACCAGUUGUGUCAGGAAAGCCUAGUCCAAAAGCAUAUUCGGACGACGAAAGUGAUGAGGAGUUUGAAAUUUCAAAGCCCGAAGACAAGCAAGCUACCCAGCCAAUUUCAUUGGUGACUCCGUUAAUUGGAAGUGGUGGUGAUAAGUCUCCUGUACAGCCUCUUAGCUCUCCUCUACAGCCUCUUAGCGUAAAAGACGAUAAGGUUCCAAAUAAGCUAGACGACAAGCCCAAGUCACCAGUUGAGUCAGGAAAGCCUAGUCCAAAAGCAUAUUCGGACGAUGAAUGUGAUGAGGAGUUAGGAAUUCCAAAGCCCGAAGAAAAGCCAGUUACCCAGCCAAUUUCAUUGGUGACUCCGGUAAUUGGUGGUGGUGGUGAUAAGUCUCCUGUACAGCCUCUUAGCGUAAAAGACGAUAAGGUUCCAACUAAGCUAGACGACAAGCCCAAGUCACCAGUUGAGUCAGGAAAGCCUAGUCCAAAAGCAUAUUCGGACGACGAAAGUGAUAAGGAGUUUGAAAUUUCAAAGCCCGAAGACAAGCAAGCUACCCAGCCAAUUUCAUUGGUGACUCCGUUAAGUGGUAGUGGUGGUGAUAAGUCUCCUGUACAGCCUCUUAGCGUAAAAGACGAUAAGGUUCCAACUAAGCUAGACGACAAGCCCAAGUCACCAGUUGAGUCAGGAAAGCCUAGUCCAAAAGCAUAUUCGGACGACGAAAGUGAUGAGGAGUUUGAAAUUUCAAAGCCCGAAGACAAGCAAGCUACCCAGCCAAUUUCAUUGGUGACUCCGUUAAUUGGUAGUGGUGGUGAUAAGUCUCCUGUACAGCCUCUUAGCGUAAAAGACGAUAAGGUUCCAACUAAGCUAGACGACAAGCCCAAGUCACCAGUUGAGUCAGGAAAGCCUAGUCCAAAAGCAUAUUCGGACGACGAAUGUGAUGAGGAGUUAGGAAUUCCAAAGCCCGAAGAAAAGCCAGUUACCCAGCCAAUUUCAUUGGUGACUCCGGUAAUAGGUGAUGGUGGUGAUAAGUCUCCUUUACAGCCUCUUAGCGUAAAAGACGAUAAGGUUCCAACUAAGCUAGACGACAAGCCCAAGUCACCAGUUGUGUCAGGAAAGCCUAGUCCAAAAGCAUAUUCGGACGACGAAAGUGAUGAGGAGUUUGAAAUUUCAAAGCCCGAAGACAAGCAAGCUACCCAGCCAAUUUCAUUGGUGACUCCGUUAAUUGGAAGUGGUGACAAGCCAGUUACCCAGCCAAUUUCAUUGGUGACUCCUGUAAUUGGUGGUGGUGGUGAUAAGUCUCCUCUACAGCCUCUUAGCGUAAAAGACGAUAAGGUUCCAAAUAAGCUAGACGACAAGCCCAAGUCACCAGUUGAGUCAGGAAAGCCUAGUCCAAAAGCAUAUUCGGACGAUGAAUGUGAUGAGGAGUUAGGAAUUCCAAAGCCCGAAGAAAAGCCAGUUACCCAGCCAAUUUCAUUGGUGACUCCGGUAAUUGGUGGUGGUGGUGAUAAGUCUCCUGUACAGCCUCUUAGCGUAAAAGACGAUAAGGUUCCAACUAAGCUAGACGACAAGCCCAAGUCACCAGUUGAGUCAGGAAAGCCUAGUCCAAAAGCAUAUUCGGACGACGAAAGUGAUGAGGAGUUUGAAAUUUCAAAGCCCGAAGACAAGCAAGCUACCCAGCCAAUUUCAUUGGUGACUCCGUUAAGUGGUAGUGGUGGUGAUAAGUCUCCUGUACAGCCUCUUAGCGUAAAAGACGAUAAGGUUCCAACUAAGCUAGACGACAAGCCCAAGUCACCAGUUGAGUCAGGAAAGCCUAGUCCAAAAGCAUAUUCGGACGACGAAAGUGAUGAGGAGUUUGAAAUUUCAAAGCCCGAAGACAAGCAAGCUACCCAGCCAAUUUCAUUGGUGACUCCGUUAAUUGGUAGUGGUGGUGAUAAGUCUCCUGUACAGCCUCUUAGCGUAAAAGACGAUAAGGUUCCAACUAAGCUAGACGACAAGCCCAAGUCACCAGUUGAGUCAGGAAAGCCUAGUCCAAAAGCGUAUUCGGACGACGAAAGUGAUGAGGAGUUAGGAAUUCCAAAGCCCCAAGACAAGCCAGUUACCCAGCCAAUUUCAUUGGUGACUCCGGUAAUUGGUGGUGGUGGUGAUAAGUCUCCUCUACAACCUCUUAGCGUAAAAGACGAUAAGAUUCCAACUAAGCUAGACGACAAGCCCAAGUCACCAGUUGUGUCAGGAAAGCCUAGUCCAAAAGCGGACGACGAAAGUGAUGAGGAGUUUGGAAUUCCAAAGCCCCAAGACAAGCCAGUUACCCAGCCAAUUUCAUUGGUGACUCCGGUAAUUGGUGGUGGUGGUGAUAAGUCUAGUCUACAGCCCCUUAGCUCUCCUCUACAGCCUCUUAGCGUAAAAGACGAUAAGGUUCCAACUAAGCUAGACGACAAGCCCAAGUCACCAGUUGAGUCAGGAAAGCCUAGUCCAAAAGCAUAUUCGGACGACGAAAGUGAUGAGGAGUUUGAAAUUUCAAAGCCCGAAGACAAGCAAGCUACCCAGCCAAUUUCAUUGGUGACUCCGUUAAUUGGUAGUGGUGGUGAUAAGUCUCCUGUACAGCCUCUUAGCGUAAAAGACGAUAAGGUUCCAACUAAGCUAGACGUCAAGCCCAAGUCACCAGUUGAGUCAGGAAAGCCUAGUCCAAAAGCGUAUUCGGACGACGAAAGUGAUGAGGAGUUAGGAAUUCCAAAGCCCCAAGACAAGCCAGUUACCCAGCCAAUUUCAUUGGUGACUCCGGUAAUUGGUGGUGGUGGUGAUAAGUCUCCUGUACAGCCUCUUAGCGUAAAAGAUGAUAAGAUUCCAACUAAGCUAGACGACAAGCCCAAGUCACCAGUUGUGUCAGGAAAGCCUAGUCCAAAAGCGGACGACGAAAGUGAUGAGGAGUUUGGAAUUCCAAAGCCCCAAGACAAGCCAGUUACCCAGCCAACUUCAUUGGUGACUCCGGUAAUUGGUGGUGGUGGUGAUAAGUCUCCUCUACAGCCUCUUAGCUCUCCUGUACAGCCUCUUAGCGUAAAAGAUGAUACGGUUCCAACUAAGCUAGACAAGCCAAAGUCACCAGUUGAAUCAGGAAAGGCUAGUUCAAAAGCGUAUUCGGACGACGAAAGUGAUGAGGAGUUAGGAAUUCCAAAGCCCCAAGACAAGCCAGUUACCCAGCCAAUUUCAUUGGUGACUCCUGUAAUUGGUGGUGGUGGUGAUAAGUCUCCUCUACAGCCUCUUAGCGUAAAAGACGAUAAGGUUCCAAAUAAGCUAGACGACAAACCCAAGUCACCAAUUGACGUAAAAGACCAUAAGGUUCCAACUAAGCUAGACGACAAGCCAAAGUCACCAAUUGAGUCCGAAAAGCCUAGUCCAAAAGCGGACGACGAAAGUGAUGAGGAGUUAGGAAUUCCAAAGCCCCAAGACAAGCCAGUUACCCAGCCAAUUUCAUUGGUGACUCCUGUAAUUGGUGGUGGUGGUGAUAAGUCUCCUCUACAGCCUCUUAGCGUAAAAUACGAUAAGGUUCCAAAUAAGCUAGACGACAAGCCCAAGUCACCAAUUGACGUAAAAGACGAUAAGGUUCCAACUAAGCUAGACGACAAGCCCAAGUCACCAAUUGAGUCAGGAAAGCCUAGUCCAAAACCAUAUUCGGACGACGAAAGUGAUGAGGAGUUAGGAAUUCCAAAGCCCCAAGAUAAGCCAGUUACCCAGCCAAUUUCAUUGGUGACUCCGGUAAUUGGUGGUGGUGGUGAUAAGUCUCCUCUACAGCCGCUUAGCGUAAAAGACGAUAAGGUUCCAAAUAAGCUAGACGACAAGCCCAAGUCACCAAUUGAGUCUGAAAAGCCUAGUCCAAAAGCGGACGACGAAAGUGAUGAGGAGUUAGGAAUUCCAAAGCCCCAAGACAAGCCAGUUACCCAGCCAAUUUCAUUGGUGACUCCUGUAAUUGGUGGUGCCGAUACGGUUCCAACUAAGCUAGACGACAAGCCAAAGUCACCAAUUGACGUAAAAGACGAUAAGGUUCCAACUAAGUUAGACGACAAGCCCAAGUCACCAGUUGAGUCAGGAAAGCCUAGUCCAAAAGCGGACGACGAUAGUGUUGAGGAGUUAGGAAUUCCAAAGCCCCAAGACAAGCCAGUUACCCAGCCAAUUUCAUUGGUGACUCCUGUAAUUGGUGGUGGUGGUGAUAAGUCUCCUCUACAGCCUCUUAGCGUAAAAGACGAUAAGGUUCCAACUAAGCUAGACGACAAGCCCAAAACACCAAUUGACGUAAAAGCCGAUACGGUUCCAACUAAGCUAGACGACAAGCCAAAGUCACCAAUUGAGUCAGGAAAGGCUAGUCCAAAAGCGUAUUCGGAUGACGAAAGUGAUGAGGAGUUUGGAAUCCCAAAACCCCAAGACAAGCCAGUUACCCAGCCAAUUUCAUUGGUGACUCCGGUAAGUGGUGGUGGUGGUGAUAAGUCUCCUCUACAGCCUCUUAGCGUAAAAGACGAUAAGGUUCCAACUAAGUUAGACGACAAGCCCAAGUUACCAGUUGAGUCAGGAAAGGCUAGUCCAAAAGCGUAUUCGGAUGACGAAAGUGAUGAGGAGUUUGGAAUCCCAAAACCCCAAGACAAGCCAGUUACCCAGCCAAUUUCAUUGGUGAUUCCGGUAAUUGGUGGUGGUGGUGAUAAGUCUCCUCUACAGCCUCUUAGCGUAAAAGACGAUAAGGUUCCAACUAAGUUAGACGACAAGCCCAAGUCACCAGUUGACGUAAAAGCCGAUACGGUUCCAACUAAGCUAGACGACAAGCCAAAGUCACCAAUUGAGUCAGGAAAGGCUAGUCCAAAAGCGUAUUCGGAUGACGAAAGUGAUGAGGAGUUUGGAAUCCCAAAACCCCAAGACAAGCCAGUUACCCAGCCAAUUUCAUUGGUGACUCCGGUAAUUGGUGGUGGUGGUGAUAAGUCUCCUCUACAUCCAAAAGCGUAUUCGGAUGACGAAAGUGAUAAAUCUCCUCUACCACCUCUUAGCGUAAAAGACGAUGAGGUUCCAACUAAGCUAGACGACAAGCCCAAGUCACCAAUUGAGUCAGGAAAGCCUAGUCCAAAACCAUAUUCGGACGACGAAAGUGAUGAGGAGUUAGGAAUUCCAAAGCCCCAAGAUAAGCCAGUUACCCAGCCAAUUUCAUUGGUGACUCCGGUAAUUGGUGGUGGUGGUGAUAAGUCUCCUCUACAGCCUCUUAGCGUAAAAGACGAUAAGGUUCCAAAUAAGCUAGACGACAAGCCCAAGUCACCAAUUGAGUCUGAAAAGCCUACCGAUACGGUUCCAACUAAGCUAGACGACAAGCCAAAGUCACCAAUUGAGUCAGGAAAGGCUAGUCCAAAAGCGUAUUCGGAUGACGAAAGUGAUGAGGAGUUUGGAAUCCCAAAACCCCAAGACAAGCCAGUUACCCAGCCAAUUUCAUUGGUGACUCCGGUAAUUGGUGGUGGUGGUGAUAAGUCUCCUCUACAGCCUCUUAGCUCUCCUCAAGAGCCUCUUAGCGUAAAAGACGAUAAGGUUCCAACAAAGCUAGACGACAAGCCAAAGUCAUCAAUUGAGUCAGGGAAGCCUAGUCCAAAAGCGUUUUCGGACGACGAAAAUGAUGAAGAGUUUGAAAUUCCAAAGCCCCAAGAUAAGCCAGUUACCCAGCCAAUUUCAUUGGUGACUCCGGUAAUUGGUGGUGGUGGUGAUAAGUCUCCUCUACAGCCUCUUAGCGUAAAAGACGAUAAGGUUCCAAAUAAGCUAGACGACAAGCCCAAGUCACCAAUUGAGUCUGAAAAGCCUAGUCCAAAAGCGGACGACGAAAGUGAUGAGGAGUUAGGAAUUCCAAAGCCCCAAGACAAGCCAGUUACCCAGCCAAUUUCAUUGGUGACUCCGGUAAUUGGUGGUGGUGGUGAUAAGUCUCCUCUACAUCCAAAAGCGUAUUCGGAUGACGAAAGUGAUAAAUCUCCUCUACCACCUCUUAGCGUAAAAGACGAUGAGGUUCCAACUAAGCUAGACGACAAGCCCAAGUCACCAAUUGAGUCAGGAAAGCCUAGUCCAAAAGCGUAUUCGGAUGACGAAAGUGAUGAGGAGUUUGGAAUCCCAAAACCCCAAGACAAGCCAGUUACCCAGCCAAUUUCAUUGGUGACUCCGGUAAUUGGUGGUGGUGGUGAUAAGUCUCCUCUACAUCCAAAAGCGUAUUCGGAUGACGAAAGUGAUAAAUCUCCUCUACCACCUCUUAGCGUAAAAGACGAUGAGGUUCCAACUAAGCUAGACGACAAGCCCAAGUCACCAAUUGAGUCAGGAAAGCCUAGUCCAAAACCAUAUUCGGACGACGAAAGUGAUGAGGAGUUAGGAAUUCCAAAGCCCCAAGAUAAGCCAGUUACCCAGCCAAUUUCAUUGGUGACUCCGGUAAUUGGUGGUGGUGGUGAUAAGUCUCCUCUACAGCCUCUUAGCGUAAAAGACGAUAAGGUUCCAAAUAAGCUAGACGACAAGCCAAAGUCACCAAUUGAGUCAGGAAAGGCUAGUCCAAAAGCGUAUUCGGAUGACGAAAGUGAUGAGGAGUUUGGAAUCCCAAAACCCCAAGACAAGCCAGUUACCCAGCCAAUUUCAUUGGUGAUUCCGGUAAUUGGUGGUGGUGGUGAUAAGUCUCCUCUACAGCCUCUUAGCGUAAAAGACGAUAAGGUUCCAACUAAGUUAGACGACAAGCCCAAGUCACCAGUUGACGUAAAAGCCGAUACGGUUCCAACUAAGCUAGACGACAAGCCAAAGUCACCAAUUGAGUCAGGAAAGGCUAGUCCAAAAGCGUAUUCGGAUGACGAAAGUGAUGAGGAGUUUGGAAUCCCAAAACCCCAAGACAAGCCAGUUACCCAGCCAAUUUCAUUGGUGACUCCGGUAAUUGGUGGUGGUGGUGAUAAGUCUCCUCUACAGCCUCUUAGCGUAAAAGACGAUAAGGUUCCAACUAAGUUAGACGACAAGCCCAAGUUACCAGUUGAGUCAGGAAAGGCUAGUCCAAAAGCGUAUUCGGAUGACGAAAGUGAUGAGGAGUUUGGAAUCCCAAAACCCCAAGACAAGCCAGUUACCCAGCCAAUUUCAUUGGUGAUUCCGGUAAUUGGUGGUGGUGGUGAUAAGUCUCCUCUACAGCCUCUUAGCGUAAAAGACGAUAAGGUUCCAACUAAGUUAGACGACAAGCCCAAGUCACCAGUUGACGUAAAAGCCGAUACGGUUCCAACUAAGCUAGACGACAAGCCAAAGUCACCAAUUGAGUCAGGAAAGGCUAGUCCAAAAGCGUAUUCGGAUGACGAAAGUGAUGAGGAGUUUGGAAUCCCAAAACCCCAAGACAAGCCAGUUACCCAGCCAAUUUCAUUGGUGACUCCGGUAAUUGGUGGUGGUGGUGAUAAGUCUCCUCUACAUCCAAAAGCGUAUUCGGAUGACGAAAGUGAUAAAUCUCCUCUACCACCUCUUAGCGUAAAAGACGAUGAGGUUCCAACUAAGCUAGACGACAAGCCCAAGUCACCAAUUGAGUCAGGAAAGCCUAGUCCAAAACCAUAUUCGGACGACGAAAGUGAUGAGGAGUUAGGAAUUCCAAAGCCCCAAGAUAAGCCAGUUACCCAGCCAAUUUCAUUGGUGACUCCGGUAAUUGGUGGUGGUGGUGAUAAGUCUCCUCUACAUCCAAAAGCGGACGACGAAAGUGAUGAGGAGUUAGGAAUUCCAAAGCCCCAAGACAAGCCAGUUACCCAGCCAAUUUCAUUGGUGACUCCUGUAAUUGGUGGUGGUGGUGAUAAGUUUUCUCUACAGCCCCUUAGCGUAAAAGCCGAUACGGUUCCAACUAAGCUAGACGACAAGCCAAAGUCACCAAUUGAGUCAGGAAAGGCUAGUCCAAAAGCGUAUUCGGAUGACGAAAGUGAUGAGGAGUUUGGAAUCCCAAAACCCCAAGACAAGCCAGUUACCCAGCCAAUUUCAUUGGUGACUCCGGUAAUUGGUGGUGGUGGUGAUAAGUCUCCUCUACAGCCUCUUAGCUCUCCUCAAGAGCCUCUUAGCGUAAAAGACGAUAAGGUUCCAACAAAGCUAGACGACAAGCCAAAGUCAUCAAUUGAGUCAGGGAAGCCUAGUCCAAAAGCGUUUUCGGACGACGAAAAUGAUGAAGAGUUUGAAAUUCCAAAGCCCCAAGAUAAGCCAGUUACCCAGCCAAUUUCAUUGGUGACUCCGGUAAUUGGUGGUGGUGGUGAUAAGUCUCCUCUACAGCCUCUUAGCGUAAAAGACGAUAAGGUUCCAAAUAAGCUAGACGACAAGCCCAAGUCACCAAUUGACGUAAAAGACGAUAAGGUUCCAAAUAAGCUAGACGACAAGCCCAAGUCACCAAUUGAGUCUGAAAAGCCUAGUCCAAAAGCGGACGACGAUGGUGGUGGUGAUAAGUCUCUUAUACAGUCUCUUAGCGUAAAAAGCGAUAAGGCCCCAACAAAGCUAGACGACAAGUCCAAGUCCCCUGUAGAGUCAGGAAAGCCUAGUCAGAAAGAGUUUUUGGACGAAAGAAAUAAGCAGCUUGAAUUUUCAGAGCCCAAAAGAACUGUGGAUAAACCAUCCCGUUUAACUGACGGAAAACCAAAGUCUGUUCACCCGGAAAAUGUCCUGUCCAUGCAUGGGGAAGAACCGAAGUCACCAUCCCUAAUAUCAUUUUCACAAGAGUCCAGUAAUGCUGAAUCAAUUUCUAUUUCGCACCGCCAAGAAAGUAGGUCUGUUCAACAGAUUGUUGAGGAUACUAUAAGAGCUGGUGAUGCUGAGGUACAAAAAAUUGUUGAUGAAACGCUGAAGAGUGUUCAACAUACGAGAAACUUUUGCAUUGUAAAGGAUCAAACCGAUGAUGAAGAUCGCUCAGUUAAACAAAUAGUUGAAGAAACACUUAAGAAUGCAAAAUUGAACUCUGAUAUUUCGAGAGAAGAUAAAGUGUGUCCUCCUAAGGUUGAUCAAAUAGAAGCAAAAGAAGUACGUCCGGUUGCAUACUUUGUAAAUUUGGACAAUGAAGAAAAAUCGAUAGUUCCUGUUAAGAAACAAAUAGUCAAGUCACAACAGAAAAAGGUAACUAAAUUAGAGGCAGAAAGGUUAGUAAAAAAAUCCAGCCCAAAAGCAGCGACUAAGAUUACCGUUAGUAAAAAAAUAGUGGGGGUUAGGGAAAAACCUAAGAUUGAUGCUAAGACCACACCUGUUUCCCCUGCAAAGGUAAAGAUGACCACUAACAUGCAAACGCAAAUUAGAAAGACAAUAACGGACAAAACGAAACUACCAAGCAAAACUGAGUCGAGACGUUCAGUCACAAGCUCAACUUCAACCACCACUAGUUCAGCUUCCGGCGCAAGUCGAGUGAUAAGUGAAAUACACUUCGAACGGUCUGCGAGCCCUGCGUCUAGUUCCAUUUUCUAUGAAAGCCAUCCGCAAGGUGAAGGCAGUCGCUCAAACACCCCCAGGCCAAGGGUCAAGACUGACGUGACAAGAAUACCGUAUAAUGCAUCGAUUCGAUCGUUCAGUCCCCAGCCCAAAGCCACAAAGUCAGAAAAGAAAAUUGUCAAACAAACUAAAACUACUGCCAUUCGAUCUAUCAAAGAGCUUUCAGAAAAGAGUUCAAAUAACACUGAGCGAAUUGGCAGCCAAGAUAACAUUGAGAAGAGGAAAACACCGACACCGUCUGCCACGCACAGAUAUAUGCAGCCCACCCUGGCCCACAGCAUGAGAUACGGUUUGAGUGGCGAUGGCGACAUUGGCCAGAGUGUCUCUCCGGUACCGCCAAAGUCGCCAGCACCAACGAAAUCGACAGCUCUGGUCCAAUCCAAAAGUACUCAAAGAACACAUUUAAUAACAAGUGCCUUGACAAAGUCGACAUCACAGAUAACGAAGCAAAAGAACACGAUUGCUGAGAAGAAACCAACACAACCCCGUUCCCAGAUUACAAAAGGCUCGCAAAGUGAUAGCAAGGAGUCCCUGAAAAGAAGUACCGACCGCCUAUACAAACGACAGACAUCCAAGGAAAAUAAGCAAACAAACGUGAUAGGCUCCAAGAGCCAAGCAACCAAAAGCAUGAAGACACAAUCAGCUAAUUCAGCCAAGACACUUGCCUACAGAACUUCCAUAGAAACCGACAACAAGCUUCAGAAAAAGACCACAGCCACUAUACAGCGCACCAAAGUUCCAAUUAGCGUGUCUUCCAGUGCAAGGACUGCAGCAAAACUAAGCAAGAGUGAUGACACCGAAAAGAGACCUCAGGUAGACAAUAAGAAAACAGUUAAGCGAACGGUAAGCAAGACAAGUGAAGGCAGCGGAACUACGACCAUUACCACAUCGACCAGAACCGUGAAUAGCUCUAUGGAGCCGAAACUUCAAAAAAAGAUGAAGGACACUAUGAACGAAUCGAGUUCGAAUUCAGGUAGCGGCACUACCAGUGCUAGCGGCUCCUCCAACAGUACAAGGCGAAGUGUGCGCUCCGUCAGCACAGUUAGCCGGAAGACAGACAAGGACUUAACCAACAUUCGGCGGGCAGCGGGCGCUGUUGUUUCGACAUCGACAGUACGUGUGCAUCGGGAACCAACUGCAACCACCGGCGCUGUUAGCACCGUGCUCGUUGAUGACGACUGUGAGGUGAUAACAAUACGUUCCAUUAAAUCAAGCGAUAGUACAAAAAGUUCUACCUCAUCAUCCUCCGGUAGCGGCAGCAACAGUCGCAAAGUGCUAACCAGCGAGGUAUUCACUAAAACCUUCGGCCCCGACAAGCCGCUCGAGGUGGUCUACCGACAGCCCGAGUUUGAUGUAGAACACCACACCAUCAUGUCAGUGCGUCCGCCAUCCACCACAUAUGGCGAUCAGCAGAGGUGCAUCAACGAAUUCGAUGUCAGCUUCAUCGACACCACCGACUCCAGUCUUUCCGACUCUGUUGCCUUACCUAUGUUCGGCUCCGGCGAUCCAGAGCGUCUGUUGGCCGCCAGCCCCGGUUCUCCCAAACCGACCCGUAGCCCCCUGGCCCUUAUAGAGGAGACCCUGCGCCGCCAGCAACAGCACCACCACCAUCAUCAGCACUACCACCACAGUAGCGUUGGUACAUCCGGUGCUGCUGUCCUUGAUCCAUCUCUGCCGAUGCAAGUGGCUUUUGGAGAGAGUCGACAGGAAGCGGAGGUAGAGUUGGAGAAGAGCAGCACUUCUAAAGAAACCCUUCAGGAAAAGAAAGUAGACCUAUCUAGUCUGGAUACCGCAAAGCUCUCACAAGAAAUUGGUGAUGUUAAAGUUGGUGGUGGUGAUGAUGAUGGUGAUUUCGAUGGUGAAGAUCUUGUGGCACGCAUUCGCGAGGAAGCCAAUAUUCUGGUGGAUCGCGUGCUUGAAGAAAGUGUCGAGAUUAUUGAAAGUCAUGGUCAUCAGGCCAAUGGCCACGAGAUCGCUAAGCUGGAUUACAACUCAGAAAGUGAGAAUUAUGCAAUCACAUGCGACGAUAUCGGCGGCGUCGAUGUCAUCAAAUCGCCCACCAUUGAGUCCAUGUCGGGCAAGUCGUUUGACGACAACAUGAGCUUCACCGACGAGCACAUACAUUUACCUUUGCAUGCCCAGAACACGACCACCACCAUGACAACGACAAUUACCACUCAGUUCCAACAGCAGCAAUCCCAGGUGCAGCUACCCCAAGUCAUUUCCCAGGCUGCUGCCACAAGUACAUCGGCAGCAAAAGAUCCAGUCCCAGUACUCGAAUCCGAAUCCGUACUCCCAACCGUAGAAAGUAGUCGAAAUCAAACCGAAGAAGACAGGGAGACACGAGCGAGGCGCAUUGAUCGAAAGAUCGAAAAACUAUCCACGGACAUGGACGACGUAAGCGCCAAGUUCGAUGAGGCGUUUGAGAUGUCGGUGCCCGAGGACGAGAUUAGCGCCUUGCAGGGUGACUUUUCCAAACUGAGCUGGGAUGACAGCGUGUCGCCCACGACCAACACCAUGGCCGAUAUGGCCCAGAACCAAAUAACACCCGAUAACGAUAUUCAAGAUCUCAUCGCAGAAACAGGCGGCGAUUUACCAAACUCAAGUGAAACCGAAACCACUCCCGUACCACCGUCGAAAGAAUCGGAAACCAAAACCGAAACUGUGCCGACGGUAGAAACCAAUGUAUUCACUACUACCACCAGCCACGAUACACCCACACCAAAACCACGAGUACUCAAAGCAAGCUCCCCAGUCUCCGAAGGCACCGAUAGCACUACCAUUCCUGGCCCAGUGCCAAAACCUGAAAUACCGAUUGAUAUUAAUUUUGAUGCCGCCGCACCGGUUCCGAAGCCACGUGCUCCCAUAAAACACACGGAACCGUUCGAAAACCUGGCUGCCUUAGCCGAGCAGUCCGAUAGUAUUAGUCUGAGGAGCUUUGAAUUUACGGAGGAUAUAUCCAAGACGGACGAACCCUCCACAGAGCUCUCCAUCCGUUCCCAGCUUCGUGACAUAGUCACAACUACCACCACUGCAUCAGAAGAUCACACCGAAAGCUUUGAGCCAACGAGCGAGAUUUCCGUGGAUGAUGCCGAUACGGAAAAAUCAGAGGGAGCGGAAAAGACCACUAGCUUUUAUAUUGGAGAAUCCAGCCGAAAUGUUAUAAUCAAGACCUCAACAAGAUCUGCGAGCGUUACACCGCAAGAAGAAGAAGCGCAAGGCGAUAUAGGCAUUGAUGCCAAGGAUGUUUCUUUAAUGAAGGAGAUAUCCGUCGACUCGGACGAAGCUAAUGAUGUUUUCAAGGAGUAUGUCACAAUGAAGCCCGAUGAUCCUGCUGUAGUGGACAGCAAGAUAACCAGACAAGGUUCGGAGACUAGAAAUGAUAUACUCGAACUUGAGAAUGCCGAUAAAGACAAAACAGGAGAGCCCAAGCUCUCCAAGGUAACCACCGAGGAAAGCUUGACAACGUCCACCGGCUCCAGUGGUCGAGCCAUUAUCGAAAUUGCUCCAUCAAGCAGUGAAGAUCCCGAUGAGUCCAGCAAGGAAAUUCCCGAAAUAGUAAAUACUAUCUCAGAAAAAACGCCCUCAUCUGAUCGAUUUGAAUUGCCCUUGGAAAAAAGUGAAUGGGAAACAUCAGAGAAAGAAAUCCCAACUGCGGGCAAGCCAAAGGUAGUUCACUCGCCACAACAACCCCAAGAAACCGAAAUUAAGGGAAUGUCUGAUAAGUCUCUCCUUGGUGAUGUCCUUGCCGAAGAGCAGGAAUCUGGGGAAUUCGGAAUGAGUGAGCUCAAGAGCUUGAAAGGUCAAGAAGAAUUUGUGAAGGAGUCGUCAUCAGCCUUAGGUAUCAAUACCAUGUCCCAAGAAUACUCUACCACUGCUGAGAGUGAGGAUAUCUCAUCAUUCAUAGGCAUACCUGAUACAAGUAUGCAAACUUCAACAUUAGACAGCACACAGCCUCCAGAAGGUCUGUUUGACACCACAAUCAAGGAGACUCUGAAUAAGCAAGCAGCAAUGGCACACUACGCUCAGGAUGUUUUUGGCAGAGUGGAGAGGCGAGAUGAUCACGGUUCGCUAGGUUUCAUAUCCACUGGCACAGCUGAAGAAUUAAGUUCCAUGGAAGAGCACAUGGCAAAGGAGGAACAAGCCUCUUUAGGUUUUAUCUCCACUGAAACUGCCGAAGACUUUAGUUCCAUGGAAGAUUACUAUUCCGAAAAAUUAGCUAUUGCCAGUGCGGUUGCAGAUGAUGUUGCUACCGACAAAUCAAUUACCACCAGCACUUUUGAGGAGCUUUCGUCGGAUCAAUCGAUGAAGCCAAUCGAUGUGGUGGUGCAUCGACUAAAGACAGAGACAUCACCGGAUUCCAUCAACCGUUGGUCUGUUCCCGACGUGGAUACCUCAAGCUCCAGUGAGAGCUUCCACAAGAGCUUCGACAAGACUCAAAGUCGACCUCUGUCCUCAGAUUUAGACAACCUUUUGACUGCCACUGGCACUGGUACCUCAAGUGAGUACCAAACAGCUAGGGAAUUUACUACCACUGGUCGUACUGAGGGAACCGAAUAUAUAAGCGCAGUCAGCACUCUUGGCAGCAGUAGCUUAGAUUCUCAAUCAGAGACUUCUGCCAAUUUGGCCAGCAUUGAUGUUUCUGAGCUGUCCGAAACAUUGGUAGCCUCCUCUGCUGAAGCAGAUGCUUUCGAGGCUGAAGAAAUGGCGCGACUACGUGAUCUCCGAGCUGAUGACGAUGAUAGCGAUGAGAGUCUGGAACUGCCAGGAAAUGCGUAUCCAACCAGCGAACAGCAGAGCCUCAUGAAACGAUCCCAGGAAAUGAUUUUCAAGCCCAAAGUUGAGGAAGAAGAGCAAUUACCUGUCGAAGCUGUGCAAAUCGAAGAAUAUCCUAAGCCCAAGGAGGUAGAACGCACUUGGGGCCUUGCCUAUCCUCUGGAGGACAGCAAGGCGGAUAGUCCUCGGGAGAGUGAAAAAGGCGAGGACAUCCUGUUAUAUCAUGGAGACUCACGUCGAUCAAUUGACGAGUCUAAGUUGGCCUCGAGCUUAGACGAAGGUAGCAUUCUUUCUGUAAGCAUGUCAAGCACAUCCAACAUUGAUACUGUCGUAGAGAAUUUUGAUGACAUUAUUGGUUCUGCGGGAUCAUCUUCCCUAACAGGCAUUGAAGGUUUCCAGUAUGGACAUGAUGAUUCGAUUCCAUCUGCCUCUGUGCCAGAGGAUGCCACAUUUAUGCUAGAAAUGGAGAGCAAAGAACAUUCGCCACAGGACUCUAAUGCCAGUACACCGCCAGGAGGGGAAUCCAAACGUCGGGGCCACAAGCGAAACGAGAGCAUUUCAGGAGAUGCUUUGAAGAACCUGGACAAAGAGGUUGCGCUUCUUGGCGAAGGCAAAGAAUCAGAAAGUGAGUCAGAUACGGAUCCCUACGAAUCGGAAUAUGCCCGCCAGUUCCGUUCUCCAAAAGAACGAAAGAGCAAAAAGAAGAAGCAGGCGGCAGCCGAAAUGGAUCACAGUGGUGAGUUGGAAAAGCGCCCAUUUACCCCAUCCCAGCUGGUAGCCGAGGUAAUCGUUGAGGACAGUGCCACAGAGGAGUUAGAGGCAGAGGCAGCAAUGAUAGAAGAACGUCGCCCUUCACAAAACAUGCAGGACUACUCCAACAUUCCCGACAUUAUGGUUACGGAAGACAUUAAGUCGCCUAUCUUAGAGGAGGAAUCGGAUGAGUUCCCUGAGAAGACGCUGUACAAGGUGCGCACCGAAGAAGAGUUGCACAAGGCGAGCGAUACUUCUAUGUACCAGAAGGCCAAGGCCGAAGAGAAGGAGCAGGACUUUCAGCGACGAGUGCAGGAGCAGUACCGACAGAAGCUUGAGGAACUAAAGCGGGCUGAGGUUGGCGCCGACUACGAUGAUCGCAAGGCUCCCGACUCUCCAGAUUCCUUUGAAAUGGUUGAACAACCCGAUAUCUCAGAUGAGUUCGUGAUCAUUGAGGAAGUGGCCAAGGAAGCCAACGAAGUUGAUCUUGGUGGUCAGAGCAUUAAGAUUAAACCAACCAAGUAUGAGCAGAAGCACGAUGAGGACGUGGAAAAAAUUAUCAUAAAGUCUGCGCCGGCAGACCCUAAGCUCGGCUCUCAGCUUUACAAGGACGAUCUGAACUUUGAGUUCGAAGAAAGUCCUCCCACAGCAGCUAGUAGCAGCAGCGAACAGCAGGAGGAAAGUGAUUCUAGCGAAACUGCAGCAGCAAACAAGCGGUGGGUUGAGAUGCAAUUGACCGAUAACCAGCUGCGGUAUCCCUACGAUUUAACCGGAGCUGUCCUAGAGGACAUUAAGGAGGAAGACGGUGAAUUCGAGGUAGGCAGCAGUCGCAUCAGCAGCUUCAAGGAUUCCUUCUCGAGUACACCGGAGUACGAUGUGGCGGCACGUCGUUAUCAUUCCCGUGGCGAACACGACGAUGUCUCAAUGAGUAGUCUGCAAGAGUUUGAGUCUCUGGAGCAGGCCAUUUCACUGGAGAAUCGGAAUCGCACUCAUCAAGGUUCUACAGAUUCCAGCAAUGGAAGCUUCACCCGCCGAUACGUUGUUCGUCACAGUGGCAGUGGAACUGCUCCGGGCGAUGAUGUGUCGGUCUCCAGUCUUAAAGAUUUCGAGGGUCUUGAGAAUGCCUGCAUUGAAGCCCACCUGAUAGAGAUCAAGGCCAGGGAGGAAGCAGCUCUGCUAUCACGCUCUGAUGAGUCCAAUAAAUCCAAUGGCAGUGAUAAAGGUGCUACGGGUAAUGUGGUGGUGACCAAGGUCACGCGCACAGUAACCCGCACUGAGGUGGUGCCCUCGAGUCAAGCUGAGAACAUCGAAGCCCUGCUUAAACACAAAUUGGAGCGGGAGGAAGGAUCUGCUCAAGUAAAAUUCACGGACAUAAGCACUACUGAGUUGGAGCCUAAAUCAAAGAUCGACAGCCAGGACUCAGAAAAGGAUAGCAUCGAUAGCAUGGAAAUAAGCAAGAGCCACGACAUGAUGACCAGCAGCAUAGAGAGCUUCGACAUUUCCAAAGACGCCACUACGAGAUCAGAUAUUGAUUCCCUUGAGAUCGACAAGCGACACUCGCGACAGGAGAGCAUAGAGUCUUUUGGCGAUGAGCAAUUAGAUCUGAUGACGAAGUUUGUUAGCGGCGGAGGAGUGACACUGGGAGACGGCCUGACCACUACCACAACUACGACCACGACCAGUACGGAUGCCGAUGGACAUGAACACACGGUAACGCGGGUGAUUACCACCACAACAAGUGUUGGUGGUGGCAUUCAGGACCUCCCAAUGGAUGAGUCCGGAAUGUCGAAGGAAGUAUCGGUGGAUUCUCUAAAUCUUUGUAUAGAGCAAACGACCAGCUCGGCUGGCACAACGGCCACCUAUCAAACCAGUGCUGGAAACUCCCAGAUGUCGGGGAGCGUAACGAGCUGUGCAUCUAGCACUCUAAUGGAGGAUUCAUUCCCUGGUGUGGGUGGCAUGUCGUCAUCCCAGAUGUCGGCCAGUUUUUGGUCUCACGAAGAAUCCACGGUGGUCGAGGAUGAAGGACAUGACACAGCUAAGAAGCACCAUGAAGGCCAGUAAAUGCUGGAUGGGAUAGAGAAAAAAGAUAGAGAGAAAGAGAGAGAGAUGGGAGAAGUCAUGCGUAAUCCUAUAUGAAAAUAGGGCUUAAACGGUGACUUAUAAUAUUCGGCUAGACAAGGCGCACUUCUAGGCGCAACACUAAUGAAUCGAUCUCUGGACGGGAAAUGCAUCUUCACCGGCUCUAAACAUCACCGAUUUCAAAUCGAACAGCAAGAGGGAUUUAUUAAUUAGCAAAUUUCGACAUUUUCCAUCUACACACAUUUUUAAUGAUAUUGAAGUGCAUACACGAGUUUUUAAAGGCAAAUAUAUAUAUUUUAUAUAUUUAUAAAAACUAUAAAAUCGCAAACAUUAAUACGAAUAUGAAUAUGUCAAGCAUUAGCCGUUCAACGCAUUUUCUUAUUGGCUUUAAUGUUUAAAAAUUAAAUGAAAUAUUAAAAAAGAGAAACCAAAACCUUUUGUGCUAGAGCGUUGUAAUGAAAAUAACCCUUUGCUUUUAAUUUGAUGUAGUUAUUAUAUAUGUACAUGUACGAAGGAUACUUAUUAUUAAAUGAAUCGCUUAUUAUUGUAGUUUAAUUUAAGCAAUUAUACAAACGCAUGUGGAAAAGGGGACGUAAUGAAAUAGUCGAAGCCUGGCAAGUGAAAUGCUUUUAAAGUCUUAUUUUUUACAAGAACCAAGCAAAUUUUUUCGCUUGCAUAUUUUAACAGUGAAAUAUACAUAAAUAUACAACUUGAAAAAAACAGUACAUAGAUCAAAUUUAAAGCAUAUACAAACAAGAUAUGAAAUUAAUUCACAUAGAAAUACCACAAAGAGCCAUGAAGUGUAUCGCUAAUUUUCGUAAAGCACAUCUUGCGUGAACGAACCUACUUAUUGAAAGGAUUUAAACGUUUUAGCAUCACCACUGUAAUGGAAUAUGAAUAAAAAUAAUAUUUGUGUUAAAAACAUACAAGAAAUAUUAAAAAAAAAAUAACAUUAUUGUAUUGUAAACCCACACGCGUAUUAAUAACCAAAUAAAAUGCUUAAUAAAAACUCA